AUGUGCAGCUGCGUGCGGAGCUCCAGGGCUCUGCCCCCUGCCCUGCUCCCCAGGUUGCUGCUGCCACACACGGGCUACUCUUUCGCUGGCAGGGGUCUGCGGACAUCCACAAACUGCAUGCAGGCAGUGAAUGCGGACACCUCUCAGCCACUACCGCUGCCUAGCCAAGCCCGAGUGGUUAUCUGUGGUGGGGGCAUUGUGGGGACGUCGGUGGCGUAUCACCUGGCUAAGCUGGGUUGGACUGAUAUCGUCCUUCUGGAGCAGGGCAGACUAGGAGCGGGAACCACCAAACUAUGUGCCGGCAUCAUCAGCGUGGCCAAGCCCAUCUCAAUCGAAUGCAAAAUGGCCGACUACUCCAACUCUCUGUACCAGCAGCUUGAGCAAGAGACUGGCGUCAAGACGGGCUACGUGCAAACUGGUUCUCUGUGUCUGGCGCAGAAUCAGGACCGCUUCAUUUCGCUGAAGCGACUCGCGUCGAGACUCAAAGUGUUGGGGAUAAACUGUAACAUUGUGAAGCCCAAAGAUGUGGUCAAACUCCACCCUUUAGUAAACAUUCACGACCUGGUGGGGGCGCUUCACCUUCCUGCCGACGCUGUUGUGUCUCCGCCAGAUGUCAACCACGCACUGGCAGUGGCAGCAGCUGGACAAGGGGUUCAGAUCUUGGAGAGAACCACUGUUCAGCAAGUUCUGGUGGAGAAGGGCCACGUGAUGGCUGUGGAGACAGACCGAGGCUCCAUUGAGUGUGAAUAUUUCGUCAACUGUGCUGGACAGUGGGCAUACGAGCUUGGUCAGGCGAGCGAAACUAAAGUCUCUGUCCCCCUGCAUGGCUGCGAACACUUCUACCUCCUCACCAAACCCCUCCAGGCUGAGCUCCCCGCUGACACACCAGUGGUGUUCGACAUGGAUGGGAGAAUAUACGCUCGGCCGUGGCAGGGCGGCAUGCUGUCGGGGGGCUUCGAGAAGAACCCUAAGCCGAUCUUUACAGAGGGACGCAAUCAGCUGGAAAUUCAGAACAUGCAGGAGGACUGGGACCACUUUGAGCCUAUGCUCAGCUCCCUGCUUCGGAGAAUGCCUGGGCUGGAGUCAGCUGAGAUCCAGCAGUUGGUCAACUGCCCAGAGUCCUUUACGCCAGAUAUGCGUUGUCUAAUGGGUGAGACGCCAGGCGUCUCGGGCUACUUCGUUCUGGCUGGCAUGAACUCCUCGGGUCUGGCCUUUGCCGGAGGAGCUGGCAAGUAUUUGGCUGAGUGGAUGACCUAUGGUUACCCCAGCGCCAACGUGUGGCCAUUAGACAUUAAGCGCUUUGGCAACCUGCAGAGCAGCCGCACAUUUCUGCGACACCGUGUAAUGGAGGUCAUGCCGCUUUUGUACCGACUAAAAGUUCCUCGCUGGGACUUCCAGACAGGUCGGCAGCUGAGGACAAGUCCCUUGUACGACCGACUGGACACGCAGGGAGCUCGCUGGAUGGAGAAACACGGCUUUGAGAGGCCUAAAUACUUUGUUCCUCAUGGCAAAGAUCUCCUGUCUCUGGCCCAGAGCAAGACCUUCUACAAGCCGGACUGGUUUGACAUUGUUGGGGCGGAGGUCAAGUGCUGCAAGGAAGCAGUCUGUGUUAUUGACAUGUCGUCCUUCACCAAGUUUGAACUCACUUCCUCAGGUGACGAGGCUUUGGAGCUGCUGCAGCACUUAUGCGCCAAUGACUUGGAUGUUCCGGUGGGACAUAUCGUCCAUACGGGCAUGCUGAACCAACAAGGAGGCUAUGAGAAUGACUGCAGCGUUGUUCGCAUCAGCAAGAACAGCUUCUUCAUCAUCUCCCCAACAGACCAACAAGUCCACUGUUGGUCAUGGAUCAAGAAACAUAUGCCAAAUGACCCACACCUCCACCUUGAGGACGUUAGCUGGAAGUACACAGCUUUGAAUCUGAUUGGACCUCGUGCCAUGGAUGUUCUGGCAGAGCUGUCGUAUGUUUCCAUGACGCCUGACCAUUUUCCCUCCAUGUUCUGUAAGGAGAUGAGUGUAGGCUACGCUAACGGCAUCCGAGUGAUGAGCAUGACACACACGGGCGAGCCGGGUUUCAUGCUCUACAUCCCCAUCGAGUAUGCGCUUCACGUGUACAAUGAGGUGAUGUCAGUGGGUCAGAAGUACGGUAUCCGCAACGCUGGAUACUAUGCGCUACGCAGCUUACGCAUUGAAAAGUUCUUUGCCUUCUGGGGACAAGACCUGGACGCUUUUACCACGCCGCUAGAGUGCGGACGGGAAUUCCGCGUCAAGUUUGAUAAGGACACAGACUUUGUGGGUCGCUCGGCCCUGCUGCAGCAGCGCCACGACGGCGUGCGUCGCCGCUUCGUCAUGUUGGUCCUGGACGACCACGACACCGAGCUGGACCUGUGGCCCUGGUGGGGCGAGCCCAUCUACUGCAACGGAAGUCUGGCGGGCACCACCACGAGCAGCGCUUACAGUUACACUCUAGAGAGACACGUGUGCCUGGGGUUCGUAUCGCCGCCCCCCGGACCGGACGGCUUGCCCGCGGUCGUCACCCCGGAUUUUAUAAACCGAGGGGACUACGAAGUAGACGUGGCCGGGCAGAGGUACCCGGCUAAGGCAAAGCUUUACCCCUUCAGCUCCCUUUUUAGCCAGCAACACCGGAGACGCAAAGACGACUUGGAGCUCAGCAACUUACAGGGCGAGUGA